AUGUUUCCGAAGAUCGGAGAUGAUGAAAUGAUUGGAGAUCUGAUGAAGAAUAGUAACAAUGGAGACGUCGUGGACACCAACGGAAACAGCAGCAACAACCGGUUAAGCCGGUGGCACCACAACUCUUCCCGGAUAAUUAGGGUUUCGAGAGCUUCCGGUGGCAAAGAUCGACACAGCAAAGUCUGGACUUCGAAAGGCCCACGUGACCGGCGUGUCCGGUUAUCAGUCUCCACCGCUCUUCAAUUCUACGACCUUCAAGACCGGUUAGGUUACGAUCAGCCGAGCAAAGCCGUGGAAUGGCUAAUCAAAGCGGCGGAAGAUUCAAUCUCCGACCUCCCUUCGCUCAACAACACGAAUUUCCCGAUGACAGACGACGAGAAUCAGAAUCAGACAGUAGCAGGUGCUUCUGCUGCUGCGGCUACUUCCUUGUCUAAAUCGGCUUGUAGCAGCAAUUCGGACACGAGCAAGAACUCUUCUGGGUUGUCUCUGUCGAGAUCGGAGCUAAGGGAUAAAGCUAGAGAGAGAGCUAGAGAGAGAACAGCGAAAGAGACGAAGGAGAGAGAUCAUAGUAACAACCACACUACUUCGUUUACCGAUCUGUUAAAUUCUGGUUCAGAUCCGGUUAACACAAACCGGCAAUGGAUGGCUCCUUCUUCGUCUCCUGCUCAAAUGGAGUAUUUCAGCUCGGGUUUGAUUCUCGGGUCGGGUCAAACCCAUUUCCCGAUUCAAACAAAUUCUCACCCUUUCUCACCAAUCUCUGAUCAUCAUCAGCAUCAUCAUCAUCCUCAUCAAGAGUUUUCCUUCGUUCCCGACCAUCUGAUUUCUCCGGCAGGAUCCAACGGCGGUGGAGCAUUCAAUCUCGACUUCAACAUGUCGACACCCUCCGGCGCCGGAACCCCCGUGGCAUCCGCCGGGUUCAGUGGUUUCAACAGGGGGACCCUUCAGUCCAAUUCAACAAAUCAUCAUCAUCAUCAGUCUUUUCUCGCUAAUCUACAGAGGUUUCCAUCAUCAGAAGGUGGAGGAGUUCCUCAGUUCUUGUUUGGUGCACUGCCUGCAGAGAAUCACCACCACAACCACAAUCACCAGUUUCAGCUAUACUAUGAAAAUGGAUCAAGAAACUCAGACCAAAAGGGCAAAGGCAAGAACUGA